CAUGACCCUCACCCGCCGCGCCGCCCUCGCCUGCCGCAGCGCACGCCGCCUCCUCUCCACCUCCGGCCAGCCGCGGCCCGCUCCCUCCACCCUGCUCGGCCACUUCCACCACCCCAUGUGGCCGCAGGACGCUGAGGCUUUCCAGCUGCCGCCGCUCGCCGCACCCGUUUUCCAGCCCCUCACACCAUCCUCCCCGAGCCUCUCCAUCGAUUUCCUCCCCGACGUCUUGGACUAUGCUCUCCACGACUCCCACCUCGGCCUCGUGCUCCUCCGCCGGAAGCCCCAGUUCGGCACCCGCGGGUUCCUUGUCUGCGACCCCGUCUCGCGCCGCCACGCGCAGCUGCCCCCGCCGCCCAUCUCCUCCAACAACGGCGGCGUGGUCAUCGGCGCCGCGCUCCUCUCCCGCGCCCCGUCGGGUGGUGGGCUCCAGUUCGAGAUCCUCUGCGUCGCGCUCGAGGUCGACCGCCCGCGCGCGUGGAUCGCCUCCUACCACGACGGACGGUGCCGCUGGGCCGCGCUGGCGCCAUCGCGAGGGGUCACGCUCGACUUGGACCACACCAGGUUCGAGCGGGUGUGCGUGCACGCCGCGGGAGGCAUGUACUGGCACGUCCUCCACAGCCCGGCAGUGCUCGCGCUCGACACCGCCUCGUGUGACUUCUCCUUCCUCCCGGCGCCAGCCCUCAUGUGGGGUGGCGACGACGGCGACCACAAGUACCGCAUUGGGGAGAUGCCCGAGGAUGGCCGGCUUUGCAUCGCGUCGCUCGAGAGGAGGCACGGCCUUCAAAUCUGUGUUCGUGCGCAAGUCGGCGCCACCGGAGACAACGGCUGGGUGCUGGACAGGCGCGUGCCCAUGGAGGAGGUGCUGGACACGGUGCCGUCCCUGCCCAAGGAUCGCCUGCUGCGCCACUCAAGAAUGUGGUUGGGUGAUAUGGACGCAGGUCGAACGGGGAAGGUUUUCAUCAACACAAUCGGCUUCGGGAACUUCUCAUACGACAUAAUCGACCACAAGCUGGAGCCUUUGACGAUUGAAGAUGGAACCACCUACGGUCACCCCGUCUUCGCUUACAUUCCGGUCCCGGCUCCACACAGCCGCUCCACAUGAUUCUGCCUGGACCCAGGUCCAGGAAUGUGGUUGCUGCUACCGGCCGGUGACUUCUUUUUGGAGUAUCAAUCAGCUCGCGGGAACUCUUCACCGGAGCCUCUACUUCCAGCUACAUUAUCUAUGCGCGAUUCGGCUAAGCAAACAUGAAUGAGACCCUUGAAACAGCAAGAAAACUGGAGGUGCUUUUUUUGUGGGUGAACAUCAAGAAUAUCAUCUGAUGGUCAUGUGAGAUUUGGUGAACCAUAUGGUGCUUUUGUUGAAUGAGUAGCAGAUAACCAUGGGUGGAACUCUGAUGUUGUUCUUCCCUGCCGUGUCAACAUGUGUUUGUUUUGAUGGAUUGGUUUGUUGGGUACUUGGGUGUCAUUAAUAUGCGUAGGUUUUUUUAUUAGGACUCGAUCUAUACA